AACUUGAAGACCUUGAAAAUCUGUCUGUCACCCCAGAUGAAAGAUCAUCUUUUGAACUGGGCAACAAUUCUGCUGAAGCAACAGCCCAGGAGUUGUGCAGAGCUUUCAGAAAACACUGGUUGCAGACAGACUCUGCAGUUCAACUGUCUGGUUCCCUGAGCUCAUCUAAGCAGAGAUAUGUGCUGAAAGAAGAGAUUCCAAGAGAGCUUGAGUCCAGUUUGAAUCUGGCUGAAGAAAUAAAGAUCAUAUCCAAAUUGAGAGGAUCUUCUGGCUGGACCCCACCAAGAUCACAGAUUAUAUUUAAUAUUCACCCUUCAGUCAAGAGAGAUGCAGUGGUGGCUGCCCAAAACUUCACGUGUGUUGGAUGUGGAACCCCAAUAGAAAGCAAAUAUAUCAGGAGACUCCGCUAUUGUGACUACCUGGGGAAAUACUUUUGCGACUGCUGCCACAACUAUGCCCAGUCUUCCAUUCCUGCCCGAAUACUUUUGAAGUGGGACUUCAAAAAAUAUUACGUAUGCAACUUCUCCAAACGCCUACUGGAUAGCAUAUGGCAGAACCCAAUUUUCAAUGUGUCGUGUAUUAACAAAGCCCUCUACACAAAAAGUAAAGAAAUGGACAGGGUGAGGGAGAUACAAGAACAGCUUUUUCAUUUAAAAAAACUUUUGAAAACCUGCAGGUUUGGUGAAAGUGUAUUGAAAGAAUUCGAACAGGUCCCCAGCCAUCUGACAGAGGAGCUGCAUCUCUUCUCACUGGAUGAUCUGGUGAAGAUCAAACGAGGGCAGUUAUUGCCCCUUCUUAAAGAUAUUCUGAAGAGCUCUACCUCCCAUGUGGAUGGUUGUGAGCUGUGUCAAGCGAAGGGGUUUAUCUGUGAAUUCUGUCACAGUGCAGAUCUGCUCUUUCCAUAUCAGAUUGCCAAAUGCAAAAGGUGCACAGAGUGCAAAACAUGCUUUCACAAAGCAUGCUUCAAGUCUGGAGACUGCCCCAAAUGUUUGCGGAUUGCAGCUCGGAGGACGUUUUCAGAAAUCACUGGGGCGUCCAUGAAACUGGAUUCCUCUGAUGGCUGCUGAUUUCAGAAGUUCCUCAAAGCCACAUCUUCAGGUGCCUGACUAAGAAUUAAAUAAUGUUGUUUUAGACAUUACUAUUUUUAAUGUGUGUCUCCUUUAUGGGGGGUUUAAAAAAAAAAAAAGAGAAAAAAACUUUAAUAUCAUCAUUGAAAAUCAUCACCCUAAAGGAGUUUCAUCUUCACUGGUGACAGAAAGACUGAAUGUUAAUUCUGUGAGCAGCCUUUUGUUGCUAUGUUUCGUCCUUGUAUGUAAGAUUUUUAAUAUU